AUGCAACCCGGAUAUCAAAUACAACUUCACAGCUUCUGCGAUGCUAGUGUCAAGGCAAUGGCUGCAGCACUCUAUUUGGCAACAAACCACAAUGGCAAUAUCACUAGUCACAUUAUCGCAUCAAAAACUAAAGUGGCACCAUUACAUUCGGUAACAGUACCCCGAUUGGAACUUUGUGCUGCGCAAUUGUUGGCUACUCUUUUACACGAAACAAGGCAGGCUUUGCAUUUGGAGUACGUACCAUACACUCUAUACUCCGACUCAAAUAUUGCUCUAUGUUGGCUGCGCAAAAACACAUCACAAUUAAAGCAGUACGUUGCUAAUCGCGUUGGCUGCAUUCAAUCGAUGACAGAUAUCAGGCAUUGGCAUCACAUUCCUACCAAACUCAACCCAGCUGAUUGCGCCAGUCGUGGCAUAUCCCCUUUGGUGUUGCAAAACUACGCAUUAUGGUGGCACGGUCCUAAUUCAACUGAUUAUUCAAUCAAUGAGCUGCACCACUGUGCACCAGCAGAGCUGGCAAUAAUGGAAGGCGAGUUAAAACCAGUUAAGGUAAAGGCAUUGCAGGUAAUAGGUCAACCCGCAUUACAGACACACUACACUGCUGGCGACGAAUUGGUCGUCAUAGAUCUGUUGGACCGGUUCAGUCAUCUUGGCAAGCUAUUGCGCACUACUGCAUACAUAUUGCGUUGCAAAAAGGCACAUCAUCGUUUUCGUUCGCAUACACACAUCUGUACAGGCGAAAUGGACAUUGCUUUAAAUCACCACAUCAAGGCAGAACAAGCGAAAUAUUUUGCAGCGGAAAUCAAGCAGCUGAAAAAGGCACAGCCCAUAUCCACAUCCAGCAAGCUCAUUGCGUUAAGUCCAUUCAUCAACUCCACAGCGGACAAUAUAUUGCGAGUAGGCGGACGCCUACACACAACGCCUACACAAUGUGGCAGAGCCACAGCGUCAUCCAAUCAUUCUUCCGAAGGAUAG